AUGAACUAUGAAAAGAAAUGUGAUUUGAUACGAAAUGAUCCUGUAACAUGCGUUCGUUAUUUUGAACAUAGAUUAAAAUGUUUAUGGGAAAUAUUAUCAGCACCUUGUGGUCCAUUUCAUGGUUACGAAUUAGAAGAUAAAUACGUCAGAGUUGAAUUCCAAGUUCGUGGUUCACCACAUAUUUAUGCUUUACUUUGGUUAAAAAAUGCACCAAAAUACGACAAAAAUAAUCCCGAAUCAAUUGAAAAAUGUAUAGAGUUUAUUGAUAAAUUGAUUUCGGUUAAUUCUAAACCAACAGAAUUUUCAGAAGAACUUAUAAAUUUGCAGCGCCAUAAGCAUUCACAUACUUGUAAAAAACAUGUAAACGGUUGUAUAAUAUGUCGUUUUGGUAUUCCAUAUUUCCCAAUGAAAAAAACCAUGAUUUUAGAACCAUUUGGCGAUGAUAAAAAAUUCACCAAAAAAGAACGUGAAGAGAUUUGUAAAAAUAAACAGAUUGUAAUUAAAGAACUGGAAAAGAUAUCAAGAGACACGGAUAAUUCAUUAACUUUUGAUGAAUUCUUGAAACAUAUUGAUAUGAGCGAAGAAGAGUAUAUUAAAAUGGUUCGAGUCGAAUUAAUAAAAGCAAAGGUAUCCUUGAAACGUGCUCCAAAUGAAGUCAGAAUCAAUGCAUACAAUUCAGUGAUGAUGUCAUUGCACAAAGCAAAUAUGGACAUUCAGUUCAUUCUAGAUCCUUAUGCAUGCUUAAUGUACUGUAUUGAUUACAUCAGCAAAUCUGAAAAUGGAAUGUCUAAACUUUUAAGAGAAGCAUUGAAUGAGCUAAAAAAAUGGCAAUAA